UUGUGGUUUAUAUAGAAGGAGCCAGACCGUAACCCCCAGCUAUACCAUGUGAAGUGCAUUCUCUGUAGCACUGAACAUCCUUCCAGGGAAAUUCGCCCUAAUUCAUUAUAAGAUCACCGCCGGCUAUUGCUAUGAUGAUACACGGUUUCAAGAGCAGCAACCAAGACUUCAGUUUUGGACCAUGGAAGGUUACGGCAAUCAAGACCCAUAUCAUGAAAUCGUCUGACGUGGAAAAGUUAGCUGAAGAGAUGCACAUGCCGUGUCUCCCGGAAAUGAUGUUCGGGGAUAAUGUGUUAAGGAUCCAGCACUCUUCCGGUUUCGGAAUUGAAUUCAAUGCUAAGGAUGCCCUAAAAAGGGUGAACAAACACCAGGGGGUAGUUAAAGUGGCCUGUGCCGAGGAGUGGCAGGAGAGCAGAUCGGACAGCGAGCACAGCAAGGAAAUCGUGAAGCCGUACGAUUGGACGUAUACCACCGAUUACAAAGGAACAUUGCUUGGAGGCAACGAGACGUUCAACGUGGUCUCCACGGCCGAGAGAAUUAACACCGAGAAACUGAAGGCCAGAGAGCAGAUCAUGUUCUUCGAGGAGGUUCUACUGUUUGAAGAUGAGCUUCAUGAUCAUGGCGUGUCCAGUCUCAGCGUCAAGAUAAGAGUGAUGCCUUCCGGUUUCUUCCUCCUCCUCAGAUUCUUCUUGAGGGUAGACGGUGUGCUUAUUCGCAUGAAUGACACCCGGCUGUAUCACGAAGCCGACAAGUCCUUUAUGAUACGCGAGUACACGUCUCGAGAGGACAAAAUUGGCAACCUAAGUCAUGUUCCUCCUCCCCUCUACACUGAACCAAACGAGAUCUCUCAGUACCUGCCGGUUUUGGAAACCACGUAUGAAAAGUUGGAAUUCCCAGCGUUAUCUGGGUCAGAAAAUGCAGCGCCCGUGUCAACAAGUGUACCAAAUGCCUAAAAUCCAAGUGGACACUAGAGGAAAGACAACCAUUUCAUCGUAGGGGGAAAGUGUGUCUAGUAGCCCAAUGGAACACAACAUGACGAGUGUCCCCGACAUAUCCCACCGGGAUUUCACUACUAGAUAUGUCCUUAUUCUUUUUAGUGACGAUCGGCAAAGAUGUUCCAAAGUGUGGGCAACAUGAUUUUUUAAUUGCAGGACCAAUAUAUGAUCUAAUGGACAGAAUUUAAGAGGUGUUAAACAAAAGAGCUGUUAACCUGCAACCGGUUGGAUGAUGACAUAUAAUAUCGGUUUCGGAGAUUGACCCUUUACUACACGUGUCCAUUUUAUUGGGAAAACAACAACUUUUUGCCAAAGUUGUUUUCAUUUUUCUGUCUGGAGAUGAAUAUUUCCAAUGAGAUCAUAUCAGUAAAUCAUCCUGGAUUCGUGAUCAGCUUCAUAUAAACCAGAAUCUCACUUUAUUGUGGAUUUCUAGGUUCUGUCGGUAAAAUAUUGUGGUAAUAAAAAAAACAAAA